AUGUCAUUUCCAACGGUACUGUCGAUGAACUGUCGAUCUACUGUCAAUGAGAUCGAUGAACUGCAGUCACAGCUGCUCAAAUCUAAGUUGCGGAAUUCGUGGAAUGCCGCCAUGGACUCGCGGGCUGCUGAAGCGUCCCGUUCGCCAACGGGGCCCGAGGCGAGGCGGUGCGAUAAGCCCUCACAUCUGGACUUUGAAGAGUGGCGACUUGUUGAAGUGUCAUUCAUGCGUGAUGCCCGUUUUCGGUGGACAAAAGUUUUUGUUUUGUGA